AUGGAUGUCAAGAAGAAGGUACUGAAGAGAAAGCUGGAGAAAAUGAAAGCCGCUCAGGUUAAGUUACGGAAAAAGGAACGUAUGAAGGAGGACCAGGAAGAGAAAGAAAUAAAGGAAGAGGUGGAAGUCCAUGAUCCAGAGCAGGAAUCUGAGGUGCAGUUCUUCUUUUUGUUGUGCUCGUCUAUUACCGAUCUUCGACUUGCGUGA